CUUUCCACAGUAGACAACAGUUCUCUUCCGGCCCAUCAGGAGGCGACACCCCGCUAACAGUCGCAUCUCUGCCCGAAGGAAAACGGUUGUAGAACGAACAUGGCGGCGUCGUUGGUGCGGUUUGUCCGCGGAGGUCUUGGAAGGAGUUACAACCUUGCCAGGAGUGCAUGUGUCCUCCAGCAGCAGACCAGGCUUCAGAGCUCAGACACCAGCCCCACUAUCAGGCCCAAGGAUGCCGUAGCUCACAGCCAGCUGGCGGCUUUUGGGGAGUUUGUGGCUGAGAUGAUGCCCAAAUAUAUCCAGCAGGUCCAGGUGACCUGUUUCAAUGAGUUGGAGGUGAUGAUCCAUCCUGACGGGGUGGUCCCUGUGCUGACCUUCCUGAAGGACCACACCAACGCCCAGUUCAGGAACAUGAUCGACCUGACGGCUGUUGAUGUGCCAUCACGGCAGAACCGCUUUGAGAUUGUGUACCACCUGAUGUCGCUGCGCUACAACUCUCGUAUCCGCAUUAAGACGUACACUGAUGAGUUAUCACCGGUGGACUCGGUAGUCUCCGUCCACAAUGCUGCCAACUGGUACGAGAGGGAGGUAUGGGACAUGUAUGGCGUGUUCUUUGCCAACCACCCAGACCUGAGGCGUAUUCUGACAGACUACGGCUUUGAGGGUCACCCCUUCAGGAAGGACUUCCCUCUCUCCGGUUACGUAGAAGUGCGUUAUGAUGAUGAGAUGAAGCGUGUGGUGGCGGAGCCCGUGGAGCUGUCACAGGAGUUCAGGAAGUUUGACCUGAACACGCCCUGGGAGGUGUUCCCGGCCUACAGAGAGCCCAAAGAGGUGGCACCCAAACUGGAGGCUGGCGACGCGGCCCCUGAGAAGAAAUGAUGACCCUGUGUUUCUUCCCCAUGUUCUGUCUGUUUAUGUCAUUUUGGGAGGCCCAGCACCCUGAAAAAACCCUGAAAUAUUUAUGUACAUAAAAUACUAAUAAAACCACCAUCAAAAUA